GGAGCUCGCCGCGGCAGGGAUGGGGCAAAUGCUGGUCGAUUCUGAGCUAUGGAUUGGGCCGUUGAUCGUCGCGAGGCGUUUCGCCAGCAUCAGCGCAAGUCUUGGGAGAUCUUCUGGAAACAGGAUCGUUUGAAGCUUCCUUCCACCAGUGCCAGCAUCUUGUUGACUUUGCGGAUCUUCAGGCGUCAUCCAAAGAGCCGGGUGUCUAAUAAUUGAGGGAACGCGCUUUAAGACAACACGCCAAACAAAUCCGGCAAGCUUGGCAAGAGUCAAAGAAUAGAGAAAAUUUCUGUCAGAGGAGACAGAACAAGGAGAGAACGGACAAGAAAAGAGGACAAAAAAAAUAUGAUUUUCUGCGGAUAGUUCGCAACAUACACCGGUAUAUUUUUAGGCCGAGAAGGCCGAGGAUUGAGCUCGUGAGUUUGCCAAGCGAUGGCUCAGCAAACAGUUGAUCUGGAAGCGGCGGAUGUUUGGGCGUCUGGGCUGACAAGAAGCUUGAGCAGGCGGCCGAGCAUACGCAACUUUAGUAGCAGGAGGAGCUCGUCGAGGGCUCAAACAUUAUCGGCGGAGAACGACGAAGAAGCUCUGACAUGGGCUGCUCUGGAGAAGCUCGGGACAUACGACCGCCUGAGAACUUCAGUGCUCAAGAGCUUGAAUACAGAGGGGCAGGACGUUCUUCAGCAGGUGGACGUUCGGAAGUUAGGACCCGCGGAGCGUCAGGCUCUUUUAGACAAGCUGGUGCAAAUGACCGGAGAAGACAACGAGAUUUUUCUCAAAAGGCUGAGGCACAGGAUCAAUAAAGUCGGGAUCGAUGUUCCAGCAGUCGAAGUGAGAUACGAGAAUUUGACAGUGGAAGCUAAGUGCUACGUUGGCAACAGAGCGCUGCCUACCCUUUACAACACGGCUGUGAACAUGCUAGAGGCGGCCAUUGAUUUUCUUAAGAUUUCAAGGACGAAAGAAUCGAACCUAACCAUACUCCAAGAUGUCAGCGGCAUUAUCAAACCUGGAAGGAUGACGCUUUUGCUUGGUCCACCAAGCUCCGGCAAAACAACUCUUCUUCUUGCUUUGGCCGGAAGAUUGGAUCCUGCUCUUAAGACGAGCGGGAAAAUCACAUACAAUGGUCACGAGUUGCAAGAAUUCGUGCCGCAGAAGACCUCUGCUUAUAUUAGCCAACAUGACUUACACAAUGGGGAGAUGACUGUGAGGGAAACGCUUGAGUUUUCUGCACGCUUUCAGGGCGUCGGAACAAGAUAUGAACUCCUGUCAGAACUUAUAAGGCGUGAGAAGGAAAGGAAUAUAGUCCCAGAACCCGACAUUGAUCUCUACAUGAAAGCCUCGGCAGUGGAAAAAGUUCAGAGCAGCAUCCUGACGGAUUACACACUCAGGAUUUUGAGCUUGGACGUGUGUGCGGACACUAUAGUUGGCGAUCAGCUGAGAAGAGGAAUCUCAGGAGGACAAAAGAAGCGUGUGACUACAGGAGAGAUGAUUGUUGGCCCGACGAAGACGUUGUUCAUGGACGAGAUUUCGACAGGCCUUGAUAGCUCGACAACGUUCCAGAUUGUAAAAUGCAUGCAGCAGUUUGUUCAUGUGCUCGAGGGAACUCUAUUCAUGUCUCUUCUGCAACCGGCUCCAGAGACGUACAACUUGUUCGACGACGUCCUUUUACUAUCUGAAGGACAGGUGGUCUACCACGGGCCUCGAGAGUACGUCAUAGAGUUCUUUGAAGAAUGCGGGUUCAAAUGUCCCGAACGCAAGGAUACGGCUGAUUUUCUGCAAGAGGUAACAUCCAGGAAAGAUCAGGCACAGUACUGGGCCGAUAAGCAAGUGCCUUACCGCUACAUCACAGUAAAAGAGUUUUCUGAACGUUUUAAGACAUUUCACGUUGGACAGAAGCUUGCCGAAGAGUUAUCUUGCUCCUUUGACAGGUCGAAGUGCCAUCCAGCUGCGUUAGUUCACGAAAAGUACUCUAUCAGCAAGACAGAGAUGUUCAAAAUAUCCUUCCAAAGGGAGUGGCUACUUAUGAAACGACACUCUUUUGUCCAUAUCGUUAAAACUAUACAGAUAGUUUUUGUGGCUUGUAUCACUUCGACUGUCUUCUUACGGACGGAAGUAAAAGGUGAUACCAUCGAUAAUGCAACUGUUUAUUUGGGGGCCUUGUUUUAUGGACUGCUCGCGGUUAUGUUCAACGGCAUGUCAGAACUACCGAUGACCAUUCUUCGGCUACCUGUCUUCUUUAAACAGAGAGAUUUGCUGUUUUAUCCGGCAUGGGCAGUCAGUUUACCACAAUUCGUGCUCCGGCUGCCUCUAUCACUCGUCGAAGUUUCCGUUUGGACGUGUAUAACGUACUACGUGAUUGGAUAUUCACCAGCAGCGGGAAAGUUUUUUCGACAUGUUUUACUGAUGCUUCUUGUAAACCAGAUGUCCUCAUCGCUUUUCCGGCUUAUUGCCGGUGUCUGCCGAACUAUGGUCGUUGCAAAUACUGGGGGCUCGUUGCUUAUUCUUCUAUUUGUGGUUUUAAGUGGGUUUUUGAUUCCCCGAGAUCAUAUUCCCAACUGGUGGAUUUGGGGAUAUUGGAUGAACCCACUCCCGUAUGCUGAAAAUGCCAUUUCUGUAAACGAGAUGCUUUCUCCUCGCUGGGAUAAGCCUUUCAAUGGAACUUCCACCAUUGGCGCCACUGUUCUAAAAGAUCGUGGUUUCUUUGCGAGAGGAUAUUGGUAUUGGAUUGGUGUUGGAGCUAUGGUUGGUUUUAUGUGUCUCUUCAACGUUUUAUUUACUUUGGCGCUUACGUAUUUAAAUCCUUUGGGUAAGCAUCAGGUUGCACGGUCGCAUGAGACAUUAGCGGAAAUUGAAGCAAGUCAGGAAAUCCAAGAUUCAGGCGUCGCAAAACCGUUAGCAGGUUCACGUUCAUCCUCUCGUUCUCUUUCAAGUUUUGAUGGCAACAGAGUCGCUCUCGAUAUUACUUAUCCUCAAAAUCUUCCAAACGGCAACGACGUGGAUUUGAAAGAUGCCAGAGGCUUAAUGCCGAAACGUGGCAUGAGACUUCCAUUUAAAGCGCUGUCAAUUUCUUUCAGUGAGAUUAGCUAUUCCGUCGAUAUGCCUGUGGAAAUGAAAGAGCAGGGCAUAACCGAUGAUAAGCUGCGGCUUCUAAAGGAUAUAACAGGUUCCUUUCGUCCCGGCGUGUUGACAACUUUGAUGGGCGUAAGUGGUGCUGGAAAGACGACUCUCAUGGACGUUCUAGCCGGACGGAAAACAGGUGGCUACAUAGACGGAGACAUCAAGAUUUCCGGCUUUCCAAAAAAGCAAGAGACCUUUGCCCGUAUUUCUGGAUAUUGUGAGCAAAAUGAUAUUCAUUCUCCUCAGGUCACAGUUCACGAGUCCUUGCUGUUUUCUGCAUGGCUAAGAUUGGCACCAAACAUCAGUUCCGAAGAUAAAAUGAGCUUUGUUGAAGAGGUGAUGGAGCUUGUCGAGCUCGACAACUUACGAAAUAGCAUCGUCGGUCUACCUGGUGUCUCUGGUCUUUCAACUGAGCAGAGAAAGCGGCUAACCAUUGCUGUUGAGCUUGUCGCAAAUCCGUCAAUUAUAUUCAUGGACGAGCCAACAUCUGGACUGGACGCAAGGGCUGCUGCUAUUGUGAUGAGAACUGUUCGAAAUACGGUGGAUACAGGCCGAACAGUGGCAUGCACCAUACAUCAGCCCAGCAUAGACAUUUUUGAGGCAUUUGACGAGCUGCUCCUGUUAAAAAGAGGAGGUCAAGUCAUCUACGCCGGUCCGCUUGGGAAAGAUUCCCAAAAAUUGAUCGAGUACUUCGAGGCUAUUCCCGGAGUUCCAAAAAUUCCUCACAGGUACAACCCUGCUACUUGGAUGCUGGAAGUAACAUCUCUUCCAUCCGAACAACGCCUAGGAGUUGACUUUGCAGAUAUAUAUAUCAAGUCAGAACUUUAUCAGAGAAACAAAUCUCUCGUCAAGGAGCUGAGCUCGCCCAAACCGGAAGCUGCGGACUUGUAUUUUCCAACGAAGUACACGCAGUCAUUGUUCGGGCAGCUAAAAUCCUGCUUGUGGAAGCAGUACUGGACUUACUGGAGAAGCCCGGAUUACAACUGCGUCCGUUUAAUCUUCACUCUGAUUGCUGCCCUGCUCUAUGGUAGCAUUUUCUGGAAACGUGGAGAGAAAACAGGUGCUCAAGGAGACCUUUUCACAGUGAUGGGAGCAAUGUAUGGCGCCGUUAUUGUCCUCGGAGUACAGAAUUGCUCCACAGUUCAGCCUGUGGUUUCCACGGAGAGAACCGUAUUCUACCGAGAGCGAGCGGCUGGAAUGUACUCCGCACUGCCAUACGCAAUGGCACAGGUUUUGAUCGAAAUCCCUUACCUCGCCGUCCAGAGCUUGAUCUACUGCCCCAUCAUAUAUUCCAUGAUGUCGUUCGAGUGGAGCCCUGCAAAGUUCUUCUGGUACCUCUUCUUUACGUUCUUCACUUUCAUGUACUUCACGUACUACGGGCUCAUGUCCGUGUCCAUGACUCCAAACCAUCAAGUUGCAGCCAUCCUCAGCUCGGCUUUCUACUCGCUUUUCAACCUCUUUGCCGGCUUCCUCAUCCCUUAUCCUAAAAUUCCGAAGUGGUGGACGUGGUACUACUGGAUAUGUCCCGUUGCCUGGACCGUGAACGGCCUCUUCACCUCGCAAUACGGAGACGUGACGAAGGACUUGCUACUACCCGGUGGUGAAGUUAAACCGGUGAAUGUGUUCUUGGAGGAGUACUUCGGCUUCCACUACGAUUUCCUGGGAGUCAUAGCAGGCGUGGUAAUGGGAUUCAGCAUCUUCUUUGCGGCCAUGUUCGCAUUCUGCAUCAAGGUGCUGAAUUUCCAGACCAGGUGAUAACGAUAUUUUCAAACAUAGUUUUAUUCCAUUCUUCGAUCAAAA